AAAAGAUAAAAAAGAAAAAAAGAAAAAAAAGAAAAAGAAUCAAAGAAAAAUACUGAAAAACAAGAAAGAAAAUGAAAAAGAGAAAAAAAGAAAAGAAACAAAAAGAAAAAGAACAAAGAAAAAGAAACGAAGAAAGAAAAAGAAAGAAAUAGAAAACAAAAAAAAGAAACGAAGAAUAAAAAAUGAUAAGGAAAAAAAAGAAAAAAAUAACAAAAGAAAAAAUAAAAUGAAAAGAGAAAGAAAAAAAAUGAAAUAA